AUGGUCAUUAGACAUCCCGAGGAUGUAGUUUCUUUGAGAAAUACACAAAGCACUGAGGCUGAUGUUAAUUCUGUCUCAUUUAUUCUUAACAGAGGUGAAAGUCUGUCGAGAUGUUCUCAAUGUAAGACGGCCCGUUACUGCAGUGUUCAGUGUCAGAAGCAAGCAUGGCCUGAUCACAAGAGGGAAUGCAAAUGCUUCAAGCGUCUCCAGCCCAGGAUCCCCACCGACUCCGUCCGUCUGCUUACGAGGAUCAUCUUCAAACUGCUCGCCCAAUCAGAAAGUGACCAAGAGGAUCUAUACUCGAUAGCUGAACACCAAUCACAUCUAGCAGACAUGAGUGAGGAGAAGAAAGAGGGCCUGAGGCAGCUCUGCACGACGCUGCAGCUUUAUCUUGGUGAGGAGAACCACGAUCUGUCUCCGCUUCCGCCCGGCCUGGACCCCAUCAGCCUCCUCGCCAGAGUGACCUGCAACUGCUUCAGCAUCAGUGAUGGAGAGCUGCAGGACGUGGGGGUGGGACUUUACCCCAGCAUGUCUCUGCUGAACCACGACUGCCAGCCCAACUGUGUCAUGAUCUUUGAGGGCAAGAGACUCACGCUGCGAGCUGUUCGGCUCAUCAGACCCUGUGAGGAGCUAACUAUAAGCUACACUGAUAUCCUUGCCACCAGCAAAGAGAGACGUUCCCAUUUACAGGAGCAAUACCACUUCCUGUGUCAGUGCACGCGCUGUACCACUGAGGACAAGGACUGUGACAUGCUGGCUGGUGAGAAGACUGCGUGGAGGUCCUUAAGAGACGCCAUCCCUCACCUGGAGCAGCUUCAGUCGGAGCAGCGCUGGGAGGAGCUUCUAAAAGAGAGCCAGGCUCUUUUGCACAGAUAUACAGAUGUGGUCCCGGACAGGAACAUCUAUGUGCUCAGGCUGCUGGAUCUGGCUAUGGAUGCUUGCAUUAGUCUGGACGACUAUGAGACGGCGCUGGAGUAUGGCAAUAGAGCUCUGGAACCUUACAAACUGUACUACAGUGAUCCUCAUCCGUCCAGAGCGGUGGAGCUGCUGCGGGUGGGGAAGCUGCAGCACUUCCUGGGCAGACUGGAGGAGGCUCGGGGGAGCUUCACACAGGCGUAUGACAUCAUGAAGGUGACCCACGGGACGGAUCACGUCCUGACUAAUGAGGUGAGGAGGAAACUGAGCGAGUGCCAGGCUGAGCUGGGUCAAGUCUAGACAGAUGUGUGCCAUCAUACAGAGACCGAGUACUGCGGUCCCGCCACGGCCCCAAACUCCUCUCAUCCAGUUCUUUGACAUGUUGGCUGUUAGUCAACACGCCGCUAUAUUUGCUCUCAAAUGGAAAGUUUCUGGAUGGUUGUGUCUGCCACCUGCUUUUGUGCCACUUUGUGUCAAACCAGCUGGUUUAGAAUUUAACUGAAAAAAAUGCCAGAGGGAAAAAUUCUACAUCUUCACUCUGCUUUUCAGUUCAUUUCAGAUUUUAUUUUUCAUUUUGUUUAGUGUUUUAAUUAUUUUCAGUAAUAUCAGAGAUCCACUUGCUGCCCCCUCAACAGAUGUUCAAUUUUAAAACUCAUUCCAAAAUGUA